AUGGAUGCCGACUUUGGCGCCAAGCGCAAGCGCAGCACCAUCGCCGGCGCUACGGAGCGUCCAGCGAAACAUUUAAAGCCCGAAGGCUCCGUUCUGACGCCCUCGGACGCUACCCCCGCGAAUGGAACGGUCUAUGAUGUGGAGGAUGAGGAAGAUGCAGGGCGCAUGUUGGCCGUUGGGCCCGCACAGGCAGACUCGCCCGAAUGGCAAGCGACGAUUGAGACGGUCGUGAAGAGCGUCGUGUCCAUACACUUCUGCCAGACCUGUUCCUUUGAUACCGACCUCUCCAUGAGCAGCCAGGCCACAGGGUUCGUAGUCGAUGCCGAGCGGGGCUACAUCUUGACCAACCGCCACGUCGUCUGCGCCGGUCCGUUCUGGGGUUAUUGUAUCUUCGAUAAUCAUGAAGAGUGCGACGUUCGUCCCGUGUACCGCGACCCCGUGCACGAUUUUGGGAUUCUCAAGUUCGACCCGGCCGCCAUCCGCUACAUGAAGCUCACAGAGCUCAAGCUUCAGCCCGCUGCAGCUCGGGUCGGUGUGGAGAUCCGUGUGGUGGGUAAUGAUGCGGGUGAAAAGCUGAGCAUUCUAUCGGGUGUGAUCAGUCGGUUGGACCGCAAUGCACCAGAGUAUGGCGAAGGGUACAGCGAUUUCAACACAAACUACAUUCAAGCUGCUGCUGCUGCCAGUGGCGGUAGCUCCGGCAGUCCCGUGGUCAAUAUUGACGGCCAUGCGAUAGCUCUGCAAGCUGGUGGUCGGGCCGACGGGGCCGCGACGGACUACUUCCUGCCGUUGGACCGUCCACUGCGUGCGCUGGAAUGCAUUCGCCAGGGUCGACCGGUCUCUCGCGGCACGAUCCAAACUCAGUGGCUGCUCAAGCCGUUCGAUGAGUGUCGCCGCCUUGGUCUGACGCCCGAAUGGGAGGCGGCCGUUCGUAAAUCUGCCCCCACGGAGACCAACAUGCUCGCCGCGGAAAUUAUCUUGCCUGAGGGCCCAGCAGAUGGGAAACUGCAAGAGGGAGACGUGCUUCUGCAGGUGAAUGGAGAGCUGCUGACGCAAUUCGGUCGCCUCGACGACAUUCUCGACUCCAGUGUCGGCGGAACGGUGAAACUACUGGUUCAGCGAGGAGGUGAAGACCUCGAAGUCGAGUGUCAAGUGGGCGAUCUCCAUGCCAUCUCCCCGGAUCGCUUUGUGACCGUUUCUGGUGGCACAUUCCACGAUCUUUCGUACCAGCAGUCGCGGUUGUACGCCAUUGCCACCAAGGGGGUCUACGUUUGCGAGGCGGCGGGUUCCUUCAAGCUCGAGAACACGCUUUCAGGGUGGAUCAUUGAUUCGGUCGACAAGCGGCGAACCCGCAAUCUGGACGAAUUUGUAGAAGUGAUGAAGACUAUUCCUGACCGCGCUCGGGUGGUCAUCUCAUACCGUCACAUCCGGGAUCUCCACACGAAAGGGACGAGUAUCAUCUAUGUCGAUCGCCAUUGGCAUCAGAAGAUGCGUCUGGCGGUCCGCAAUGACGAGAGUGGACUAUGGGACUUCUCAGACCUCGCCGACCCCAUUCCUGCCGAAGAACCCAUUCCACGAAAGGCAGAAUUUAUUCAGCUGGAUGGGGUCAGUCAACCAGCAGCAGCGGAGAUAGUCCGCAGCUUCGUGCGUGUGUCAUGCACUAUGCCUCUGAAAUUGGAUGGAUACCCCCAGGCCAAGAAGACAGGGUUCGGAUUGGUGAUCGACGCUGCAAAGGGCCUGGUGGUUGUCUCCAGAGCCAUUGUUCCCUACGAUCUGUGUGACAUCAACAUCACUGUCGCUGACUCGGUCAUCCUCAACGCUAAAGUGGUCUUCUUACACCCCCUCCAAAACUACACUAUCAUCCAAUAUGACCCCAGUCUCGUCGAUGCGCCUGUGCAGAGUGCCAAGCUCAGCACCGAGUACAUCAAACAGGGCCAGGACACCAUCUUCGUUGGGUUUAACCAGAACUUCCGCAUCGUCGUGGCCAAGACUGCCGUCACCGAUAUCACCACCGUGUCGAUUCCCGCCAAUGCAUCUGCCCCUCGCUAUCGAGCCAUAAACCUCGACGCCAUCACUGUAGACACUGGCCUCAGCGGACAAUGUACCAAUGGUGUCUUGAUUGGCGAGGACGGUGUGGUGCAGGCAUUGUGGUUGAAUUACCUCGGCGAACGGACCCCCAACUCGCAUAAGGAUGUCGAGUACCACCUUGGGUUUUCAACGCCCUCACUUUUCCCUGUCACAUCCAAGAUCCAGCAGGGCAUCACUCCAAAGCUGCGAAUCCUGAACAUGGAGAGCUAUGUCGUACAGAUGAGCCAGGCGCGCAUUAUGGGCGUCUCGGAAGAAUGGAUCGAAAAGGUGGCCCAGGCCAAUCCUUCUCGUCACCAGCUUUUUAUGGUGCGCAAGGUUGACUGCCCACCUGCAAACUUUACAACCGAUGCCGAAAACUUCCAGGAGGCCGAUAUCAUCCUUACACUGGAUGGCCAGCUUAUUACCCGGGUCUCGGAGCUGGAUGUGAUGUAUGAAAAGGAAGUGUUGGAGGCAUUGAUUGUCCGGGACGGCCAUGAGAUGCUUAUCAAGGUCCCGACGGUGCCCACAGAAGAUCUCGAAACCGACCAGGCCGUUGUUUUCUGCGGUGCCGUUCUUCAGAAGCCGCACCAUGCUGUGCGACAGCAGAUCUCCAAGUUGCAUAGCGAGAUCUAUGUGAGCGCAAGGAGCCGCGGUUCCCCAUCUUACCAUUAUGGCCUUGCGCCCACCAACUUCCUCACCGCAGUCAACGGCGUUCCGACUCCCAACUUGGAUACCUUCGUCAAGGAAGUGCGCAAGAUCCCAGAUAACACCUAUUUCCGACUCCGUGCUGUGACUUUCGACAAUGUUCCAUGGGUGGUUACCAUGAAGAAGAACGACCACUACUUCCCCAUGUCCGAAUACAAAAAGGACCCCUCCCACCCAUCGGGUUGGCGCACCAUCUCUCAUGAGGAUGUGGACAAGCUGGGUGCUGCGCCCGACGCCGCGAACCUCAACCCGGACGCAAUGGACGAGGAGUUCCAUGGUGGAAGCGACAUUGAGCCAGAUGCGGAGUGA